AUGUCCGCCAUCCUUGUCUGCUUUGUGCAACGUGACACGCCAAGACUCUACUCGUUCGAACCCACCACCGCUGGAACAUUAUCGCCCGCCUCAGGGUGCCGGAUCGAGUACCUGAACGAAGGAGGCGCCAACUUCGUCUUUCACAUCCUGCCUGUCGAGGGACGCGAACUCCCAUCGAGUCUGCAAGGCAAAUUGCUGCGACUGAGGAAGAAUCUGCCCCAUGUGCCAAGCGCAGAGGAACAGCUUCAAGCUUUGAAUGCGAAUUUCCGAGACUUGUUUCCGGCGGAUAAUCUCAUUCAGCAUGAGUUGAUUAGUUUGGAUCAGGGCAUUCCCGCUGCUCUGAAUGCCAGUCUGCAGCAGAUGAAUCGCCCCAGGCAUCGGGUUGGGGAUUUCUUACCGAACGAACAGAUGUCUGGACUUUUGGUUACAGACAUGACGCCCGGAGACGGGGAGAUUCUGCUACAGCUCAAACCGAAAUGGCUGACUCAAUCUCCUAAUGCGCGGCCCAGUGCGAAACGAUGUCGAACGUGUGCAAUGCGCGCUCAGAGGGCUUCUGAGAGGAUACGUACCGCGACAGAUGCUCAAGAGAGCUGUCCUCUGGACCUGGUGAACGCCAACGCGGAGGAGCGAAAGCGCGCUGUGCACGCCAUCACCACCGACCGCAGGAUCCGGGAGUAUCUCAUCAACCAAGCACAGCCUCUACUGCAAAAGCUGCGUGCAUCUCAGAUGACCUUCGACCAACACGGCAUUCUUCGCACCUCGGGUUCGGAUCCGAUUCAAAGUCUCUGCAAAGCCAUGACCCUUCGAGAUUGCACUCUGUUCCUGAAGAGGUCUGGCAAUAGCAUUGAAGCACGUCUUGGAGACCUGGAUCUGAAGCAGCCAGAAAAGCUCGCCAGGUGGAAGAAGGUCGAGUCGGAUCUUAUCGGUCAAGGCUGGUAUACGAAUACCGAAGUUCAGGACCACUGGACGAGGGAGAAGAUCUGUUUGCUCGCACGGCAAUGA